AUGAAUAAUAACUCCAAAUUCCAAUCUCAGCCGCAAAACAUGCAGGCGCAACAGAUCCUUCUUCAACAACUUCAAAGCAAUGGCCAGCUGGGCCAAUCGGGAAACUAUGAUUAUGACAUGUAUAAUUACAGAAUGGGUCCUUAUGGCCAGGGCCAAACACAGGGCCAGAAUCAACUGUUACCCCUGUUACCAUCACAGAAUAAUCAUCAACAGCCACCAUAUUUGAGAAUGUCGAAUCCUCCCGGACAAAACUUACAGUAUGCUCUGCCACUGUUGCCCCACCAGCAUACCACCGAGUCGAUCAAUGUGACAAAUCCCGGCUCCGUUUACUGGCAACAUCAACAACAGCUCUGUCAGAUGUCGAGAACCGCCAAUGUUCCUCAUUUCUAUGCCCGGCAAUACGCUGCCAAUUCCCGCAAGAAGAAUCCUUACAGUGAAGUCAAGAGUAUGAACUUGGUCGACGCCACUAAGCAGGUGGUAGCGGUGUUGGAAGAACAAGAGAGACUGGUGAUGAAACUGACAAUCACCCAGAACCCAGCAUUGCUUCACAACAAGAAGAUGACCACCGAUUACGAUGAUGACCACAUGCAAGAGGAACAGCGCAUGCGCCUCAAGUCACAGGGCCGCCAGCUCUGGUGCCAAUUGGAUUUGAGCGGCCAAGGACUCACCAUCUUGUCCCCCAAAUUGUUCCAGUACGAGUUUCUCGAAUCGCUUUUUUUGAACAAUAACAAAUUGACCGAGAUUCCCCCGGUGAUAUCACGUCUCAAGAGCUUGCGUACGUUGGACUUGUCUCGCAAUCGUAUUUCGGAAGUGCCUCCAGAGCUCGGUAUGUGCUUCAACUUGCGGUAUCUCUUCUUGUUUGACAACAACAUCACGACUCUCCCGCUCAAUUUCGGUAACUUGAUCGAGUUAUUGUUCUUGGGAAUCGAGGGUAACCCUCUCGACCUCAAAAUCGCCAAUAUCGUUGCCGAACAAGGCACCAAAGAACUCGUGGCAUACCUUCGCGAUACGAAACCGGGCCAUCCUGCGCCAAAUCCACGUCCCUGGUUAUUAUUGGAGGAUGAUGGCGAAGUCAUAGACCCCACAACGAAUCCAGAAGCUUACAGUUCUACCACAAGCGAUUCUGAGCCUGAUUCCUUCACGUUAUUGUCAUACAACACAUUGUGUCAACAUUAUGCUCCAAGCAAGUUGUACAAGUUUACACCUUCGUGGGCUUUAGAUUGGGAAUUCAGACGGGCCGCUUUGAAAGAAGAGGUAUUGAGCUACAAGACUGAUGUUGUAUGUAUGCAAGAAGUGGAAACCAGGACUUUCCAUGACUUCUGGGUGCCGGUGAUGGCCGAAAUUGGGUACAAAGGAGUCUUUUUCUGCAAGACAAGAUCUAAAACCAUGGGUAGUGUUGAUUCUAAAAAGGUUGAUGGAUGUGCUACUUUUUACAAGAGCUCCAAGUUUGAGUUGUUGACCAAGAUGAACUUUGAAUACAACAGUGUGUGCAUGGGAUCGGACAAGUAUAAGAAGACGAAGGAUCUUUUUAACCGGUUCAUGAACAAGGAUAAUAUUGCCUUAAUCACAUAUUUGCAACAUCUUGAAUCCGGCGAGAAGAUUCUCGUGACAAACACACACUUGCAUUGGGAUCCAGCUUUCAACGAUGUGAAGGCAUUGCAGGUUGGAAUCUUGUUGGAAGAGCUUCAGGGAGUUCUUAAGAAGUUUGGCCACACCGACGAUGUCAAAAAUGCCAAUGUCGUCAUCUGUGGAGAUUUCAACUCUGUUAAAGAUUCCGCCGUGUAUCAACUUUUCUCCAGUGGAUCUGUGACCAAGCAUCCCGAUCUCGAUGGUCGUGACUACGGACGGUUUACCGACGAAGGGUUUAAGCAUGUGUUCAAGUUGAAGAGUGCUUACGAUGGAGAAUUACCGUUUACGAACUUUUCACCGGGAUUUACCGAGGUGAUCGACUACAUUUGGUAUACCCCUGGAAACUUGCGGGUCAAGGGGCUUUUGGGAAAGAUCGACGACAACUAUCUCAAGAAUUGCAUCGGGUUCCCCGACGCCCAUUUUCCCUCGGAUCACAUAGCCAUCGUCACCAAGUUCCAGAUCAAGAAAGGCAUUUCCUCCGCUCGCCGACCCGAUUUCAAGCCCGAUUUCAAGGGCACAUCGAGAAAGACGUAG